AUGACCCCAAUGAUACGACUCCCCAUCGAAAUCAUCGCCGAGAUCAUCGCUGCGGUUGUGGAUGGCACUGAAUUCAACUCAGAGGACCCCGACUUUUACCCCGGACGUGAGGAGCACCACCCUCUCGCCGCUGCGUCUCUGGUAUCUCACACAUGGAGCACUAUCUGCCGACCUCACAUCUUCCGCAUCAUCAGCAUAUCUACCAGGAAUAUGGACGAUCGCCUCUGGUUCCUCCACUUCGAGGCUCCCCAUCUCAGUGAAUUCAUACUCGUAGUCCACCUCCAGUGUGAUUAUGAACCUGACACCACCCUCGCGUGGUACCCAGAGUGUCUUGGCCGCUUGAAGAACUUGCGUGUGUUGCACCUCGAUUCCUGGAUGUCGACCUUGUUUCCGGAACCAGGGCCCCUCUCUGCGGGGAUCUCUUCCAUGCUUGCGGCCCCUUGCCUUCGCAAGCUGGCCUUCCGUGGGUGUGACCUCUCUGAGGACGCCUCCGACCUCCGUGCCAUGCUCCCUGUCACCCUCGAGGAGCUAGUACUCGAAGGGAUCAGUGCAACAUCGGACAUUGAAGGGAAGACAACAUCAACCCCACGGUUAGAGGCUCUUCGAAGCCUGAAGUUGCAGGAAAUAUAUCAUCCUAUGUUCAGUUUGAAGAACUUUAUCGAGUGCCCCAACCUCGCCCGCCUGUCCGCCCAUUGGUAUAGCGGUCAGCCUUGGGAUUUGCCUCCAUGGGUCCCCAGCAGUUUGUCCGAGCUUGUGCUGUGCGCGGUAUCUGAUUGCAAUAUUCCCGACUUCGGUACGGCUAUACAACCGUCAGUGGUGGAGAUAAAUCAAUCAGGAGAUACCUCAUACCUCGAACUCUUCAUGUGGAUCAAAGAUUGCAUCAGGAAUCUCCCGUUCCCCACCUCUAUCCGGACGCUUAGACUCGACAUCGAGCACAUUAAGCUCGACUGUGACGAUCACCCUGAGGAUAUUUCUCCUUCGCCAUCGGAGUACGGGAUGUUAUCCCAUUUCCUCCUCCAACUUUAUGAAGAAGGAGGGUUAAAAGGCAUCAUUUUGAAUAUCACGUCGUGCGUAGGCUCGAGCGAUCCCGAACUGCUGUGUGUUAACAAAGCGCGAGAGUUGGCAAAACUGAAGAUAGGAUUUGCGCCGUUGUUGAAGGAAAAUAUCCUCGACGUCGACUUCAUUAUGUCUGGCUGGACCGAAGGAGGAACAACCUGGCACUCUAGCAUCCGGAGAAUUCAGACAGAGUGA